AUGGCGUCGAUGAGGGAGAGCGAUACCGGCCUGUGGCUCCACAACAAGCUGGGCUCUACAGACGAGCUGUGGGCUCCUUCCAGCAUCGCCUCUCUUCUCACGGUCAACGUCAUUGACAACAUCCGCCUGUGUUUCUCGAGCUUGUCGCCCCCGGUGAAGCUCAAGCUGCUGCUGGGGAUGCUGCAUCUCCCGAGGCGGACUGUGGAUGAGAUGAAGGAGGCGUUGUCUGAAAUCAUCCAGCUUGCCACCUUGGACACGGAGCCCUGGGUGCUGAUGGUGGCUGAUAUUCUGAAGUCCUUCCCAGAGACAGGCUCUCUCAAUCUGGAUCUAGAGGAGCAGAACCCCAAUGUGCAGGACAUCCUGGGAGAGCUCCGAGAGAAAGUCAGUGAAUGUGAAGCUUCUGCCAUGUUGCCGCUGGAGUGCCAGUACCUAAAUAAAAAUGCCCUCACAACUCUUGUCGGACCACUGACCCCUCCAGUGAAACACUUUCAACUGAAGAGGAAACCCAAAAGUGCCACCCUCAGAGCAGAGCUGUUACAGAAAUCAACAGAAACUGCUCAACAGCUUAAGAAGACUGCUGGAGUGCCUUUUCAUGCCAAAGGGAGGGGCUUGGUCAAGAAAAUUGAUACAACAACACCCCUCAAAGGUAUACCAAAAGCUCCAUUCAGGAGCCCCACAACCCCUAGUGUGUUCAGCCCAACAACCAACAGAACGCCCAUUCAGCCCCCGAGAACUCCUCUGCGCAAGGAGCGCGGUGUCAAGUUACUAGAUAUCUCAGAACUGGAUAUGGUAGGUGCUGGUCGGGAAGCAAAGAGGAGAAGAAAAACACUGGACUCUGAAGUUGGAGACAAACCAGCGAAAGAAGAAAUGGUUGUUGAGAAUGCGACACCCGAUUAUGCUGCGGGUCUCGUCUCUACGCAGAAACUUGGUGCUUUAAACAGCGAGAGUGCAUUACCCUCUACAAGUUAUUUGCCCGCAACUCCUAGUAUGGUACCAUCAUCUUCAUACAUUCCCAGCUCGGAAACACAGCAGGCUAACACAGCAGGUUCGGUCCGGGAGGCGCUACAGACCAGCCGGCAGCCAGAGGAGCCCACGACCCCCAACAGCACACUGCCCAGCCAGUUCAAGCAGAGGACGCCCAUGUACAACAGCAGCACCAGCCCCUCAACACCCACUUCUCCGCCUGCCGCCAGCAGCACCCCGACCCCCAGCACUCCCCCAGCCGCGGCACCACAACCCGCCGUGCAGCAACCGCAACCCCCGCCACAGCAGCAGCAACCCAAGAAGAGCCUGUCCCUUACUAGAGAACAGAUGUACGCUGCGCAAGAAAUGUUCAAGACGGCUAACAAGGUUACAAGACCGGAGAAGGCCCUGAUACUGGGGUUCAUGGCAGGAUCUCGAGAAAACCCUUGCCCGGAGCAGGGCGACAUCAUUCAGAUUAAGCUCAGUGAACACACUGAAGUUUUACCAAAGGCAGACGGCACUGGCAGCACCACCAUGCUCGUCGACACAGUUUUUGAGAUGAACUAUUCCACAGGCCAGUGGACCAGACUCAAGAAAUACAAACCUAUAACCAACGUGUCUUGAGUGACCUAAAGGACUUCUUUGGGGGGCAAAUCAAGCUUGUAGAGUGUAGGCCAGAUGCAAUAACAGUUAUAUUUAUGUGACACAUCUAAAAGCAGUUGUAAUGUUUCUGGGCUCCAGUGUUUUUUUUUUUUUUUUUUUUUUAUGAUGUCGGUGUCUGAUGUACCUGGAGCAGUCUGUGUAGAUAUGAUCUGUUUAAAGAGGGCUCUCUUUUUAUGUGAACUGGAAAACAAUACACAUUUAAAACAAAUAGCCUGGACUGGUACAGGUAUCUGAGGGCUAGAGUCCAGAAUACCCCAACGUACAUCAUCUGGGCUGGAAUGAUUUGCUCUUAAGUGAUAUGAACACAUUAUUAUUACUUUUUAGAACUGGUUUUCUUAUUGGUAACUAUACCCACUCUUUAAAUACAUGGUGAAAGGUAGGGUGUUUUUUUGCGGCAAGGUUGACAGUGUCUGAAUUGUUUGCUUUUUGCCCAUCAAAAUGCAGAUAUCUUCGUUAAACUGCUGCUUUAAAAAAAAAAAAACUGAAACUAUACAACACCAGAAUUGUAAAUAGUGGAAUGACAUCAUUUUAUCUGUUAAAGUGUAGAACUCCUUCAAGCACAGUUUACUUGUUUUUUUCACCAGGGGUGAACAGCUGUGCAUUCUGCUUGUUAAGAUAAAUAAAUGUAAAAAAUCACAAAUUCUUAGAUUAAAUUUUUUUUUUUAAAUGGCUUUUUUCUACUUUUUCUGGACCGUUAAAGGAAAAACAACAUUUAGAAAAGUUGGGUAUUACAUCAAAACAGUUUAAUUGAUGAAACUUUGUGACUAGGACCCAUUGAUGCCAGUAAUUCAGUUAUGAUUAUAAGAAUGUUAUUUUUAUUUAUCUUAAGUAAACAGUCCAGUGCAACACUGCUUUAUAGUGACAGAUGUUUUACCAUGGUGAAUUUAACCCAUGUUUUAGAUGAUUAAAUAAGGUUUAUAUUGGUAUUGAAUUCUAGUAGAUUAUACCUUAUUCAUUUAUAUUUUUUAACAGCAAUAUAACUAAAAUGUGAACAAUUUGGAAGAUAGUGAAAGGAAAACUGACUACCCCACCAACUAACAGAAUGAUCCCAAACAGAUUCUCCAGUAGGUUGCAUUAAAACAAUAUGUAGCUGCUUUCCGUUUGUAGAACAUGUUUCUUUGUUUGUUUGUUUCAACAUCUGGUAAAGCUUGGGUUUUGUUCACAUCUUAGUAGCUCAGUUUGGUGUCUUGGUUAUCUGGUGCCUUCAUUGAGAGAUGUAAUUCAUUUUGUAAAGUAUGUUGCAUUACAGUAAUAGUUCAAGGCUCUUUUCUAUUGUUUUUUUUUUUUUUUGUACAGAAAAAUGAAAUAGGCCUUUCUUCUGGUACGCACUCUGUCUAAGAUGUAUAAUAGAUUUUUCUAAAGAGAAGCUCUAUUGGGGAGGGGGGGGAGAAAAGUUCAGUUUUAUGAAUGCUCAGCCAUAGUACAUUUAGUUUCUGUAUUCAGGCAGCUGGUUGAACUGGCAGUGGCUCUUCUAGACACCAUGGGAGUGCUGUACUGGUCUUACAGUAAGAAACGCAGCAUUCCAAUAAACACAAGAAGAAAUUGUAUACUGUG